CACGUAUCCUAACAACGGGAGCCACAGAGGCUCCUUGAAGUGAAAGUAGGAGAAACUGGAGGGAGGCAGCUAUACUAGAGCCUGUGUGCAUCUGGAAGUAAGGUCAAGCACACUAGACCCCAAGAGCACUCUGAAUGCAGCAGGGAGAAGGGAAUCAUCACACCAUGGCCAUGAACCUCGGGUCCCUGAUGUCCGUGCAGCUAACGAGCAACGGCAGCCACGCUACCACUAGAGGCGGGAGUUGCUUUCUCGUCAGGCAUACCCCUCAUCCCAGGAGAGUCUGCCACAUCAAAGGCUUGAAUAACGUUCCAAUCUGUACUGUGAAGGAUGAUGAGACUGCACUCAGAACACUGCAGGAAGGUGGCCGGCUCAGCCAUCUGGAAGAGAGACACCCACCUGCCCCAGAGAGCCCUGUCCGAGGAGUGUCACCAGCCCCAAACAGUGUCAAGACGCCCCCGCAGCCACACUCUGAGCCCAGUAGAAAAUUCAAUGAGUGCUUCAAAACUUCCAGUGACAAUCCCUUCGUAAUAAAAAAUGAAGAAUUUAAGGCCAAGAAGCUGCCAUUACCUCCCAAGGCAAGCUCUACUGCUGGCUCCUGCUUUUCAGAGAGAAUCCUACCCAGGCCUGAUGUCAAAGAAAAGACUGUCUGCAUACCAAACUACCUGGAACAGGAAAUAAAGAUCCUGGCAAAGCUCUGUGACAUUUUACACACUGAUUCCUUGGCAGAAGUUCUACAGUGGCUGCUUCAUGCAAGUACAAAAGUUGGGGAGGGCUCAGGGGAGACCAAGCAGAAUCUUACCGAAGCAGAGCCGUGCCAGGUUAGUGGGGGUACAAGGAAGUUUUACACACCAGAAAAAGAGUGGGUCUGGGCAUUGGUUCACUCUGAGUUGGCUGAGAUAAACUUACCUUGCCGCAGAAGGAACAUGGCAGUGGAACCGACAGUGGGGACUGCAAAGCCACUCGAGGCCAAAUCCCCUCCUGCUGUCAAAUCUCCUACAAAUUCAUCUGCAGAAUCCAAAGUGCAGGCAGCAGUGAGGGAGCCGGCCAGACUGUCAAGUCAAGGAUCAGAAGGAAAUAAGGAAUUACCCAAAGGGGCUGAGCACAAGCCCCCACUGUAUCUAAGAAGCAGCAAGAUGAAAAUAUCUGCUACCGAGUACUUCAGCAAACCGAAGUCUCCUCUCAGGCCUCACACUUGGGACUGCAGGUCAGUGAAGCCAGUGUCAGCAAGGAGUGUGCAACAAGGAUUUAGUCUCUGUCCUCCAAGAGUGUCUCGCCCUUUAACUCACUAAAGGUCGAAACUGCAGGCAGGUCCAAUCUGCCACACAAGAGCUGCACACUGCUACAACAUCAAACCGUUUUUUCAAAGAAUCGAGUGGCCCUCGUUCUGGUGGCACAUACAAAUUUCCCAACACCCGUAUAUAAUUACAAAUAAAUAUUAAUGGAGAUAAUAUUUCUAUUUGUAGUUAAUGUUACUACAUGUAAAUGAGGAAGGUUUAUUUAAACACUGUUUCCAGUCUUGCACUAUUAG